AUGGUGGACCAACGCAGACACCUUUUCCAAAAGAUCCAGAGCUCAUCUGAAGCGCUCGUAGUAAGCGGACAAGACAUACUGAAUGAUUUUCUAAGUACGAAAGGUCUCUCCCAUAUCGAUCUGGACGAGUCCAUAUCGACCGAGCGCAUUCGCACACGACAUGCGCACACCACUCGGUUCGGCGCUCUUUUAACGGAAGAUCGCGACGAUAAGAUAGAUGAGGCAUGGGAAAGUGCCCGCACAGUUCCUUAUUUACGCCGGCGAUGGUCUGUCGACUUGUACCAAACGCCGGAUCAGCGAUACCCUCAAUUGAGCAACGACGAUGGCGGAGCGGUAGAAGAUGCCGUGGAAAGAGAUCUUGUGCUUCAAAGGCAUAAGCUUAGUACCAGUGAGCUAGACCGCGACAAGCACAUGGUAUACCUCGAGACGGAAAGGGCUCAGCUUCGCAACGAACACUUCGGCGAAAUUGAUCACAUCGGAGUCUGGUUCUAUGAUGAAGUUCUGGACAUUGGCCUCGAUGCCAUCUACCGUAUACUUGGUUGCGAAUAUCACGACAUCGCCAUUCUCGGUACGCCUUUCGCUGCGGAAUUGUACACGAUUGGCCGCGACGAGACCGCGACUUUAGAAGCCGGGGGUGCGCUGCAGAAGACGAUAGGAACAAACAAGUUCGUCAUAAUUCCCAAUCUAUGCGAAUACAAGACCAGACUACAAGAUCGAUCAAAAGACGCUUGGCACUAA